ACUUCAUCGGAAUGUCUCCCAAUUUGGAAAUUGUACGUCUCGUUUGAUUGUACAACUUCAUUCCUAAUCGAUGUAAGGCAGGGCAGGUACUACAUGAUGAACCGUGUGGUUCACAUGAAGCACAUGGCAUCCUCUCCUAAAUCCGCUGGCAACACACGGGUUGCGACGGUGCAACGAAGGUGGACGGAAGUUAAAACUUCCAAGGAGCGAUUUGGCGCGACAUCGACUUGGGGGUGUAGAAUCGAAAUUGUGCAAGUGAGAGGCACCAGAACAAGUCCAAAGACGAGAGGGACGUCCCUCUCUAAAAGCAGCAAUAAGCCAAAUAUCAGUCCGCGAAAGCGACGGCUGCUUCACCUCGGUGACAAGCUUGCUUGCUUUAGUCAGAUCUCCGUCGUGGUUGGAUUGAAUACUUUUCCUGAAGCCUCCGGAUUAUCUCUAUAUAUGUACACAUAUAGAUAUAUUGCAUGUACGAUAUAAAUUCACCUGCCCAGAAGGCGAUCGUCGGAGAUAGACGACAUUCCUUAUCCCAAUCAUUAUAAUCCUGUACAGAAAUUACAGUAAAAGAUUUAAGCGAGGAAGAGGACUGGAGGAGGAAGAAGAAGAAGAAGAACUGAAGAAGAAGGGUGACGGACGGCGAUGGUGAGAUUCUCAUGGGGCCUCGUCGACAGGGUGAAGCCCUUCGUGGGAGUGAUCUUCCUGAACGUCGGCUUCGCCGGGAUGGACAUCCUCUCCAUGGCCGCACUGAAGCAGGGGAUGAGCAGCUCCGUCUUCCUCGUCUACGCCAACCUCAUCGCCACCGCCGUCCUCGCCCCCUUCGCCGCCUUCAUCGACCGGAAUGAGAACGCGAAGGUGACUCACCGAAUCCUCCCCAAGAUUUUGCUCCUCAGCACAAUGGAGGCGGCUUGCGGCAACCUGUACUUCAUCGGGAUGAAGCACACCUCGGCCACGUUUGCAGCCACCAUGGGCAACACUCUCCCUGCAUUAGCCUUCCUCCUGGCCUGGUUGCUCGGGCUCGAACGUGUACGGAUUAAGGAUGUGCGGAGCCGAGCCAAGGUGAUAGGAACCAUGGCGACGGUCGCGGGAGCGAUGAUCAUGACGCUGACCAAAGGCCGGGUGAUUCCUCUGCCUUGGACCCGGGAAGGAAAUCUGGACGAGCUGGGAGGGAAAGUCAUCGGGCAGCAUGAGAACUCUAUCUUGGGUGCUGCACUGUUAGCAGCGGCUUACUUCUUGUGGGCAUCCUUCAUAAUUGUCCAAGCAAUUGUUCUGAGAGAAUACCCCGCCGAGCUCUCUCUUACAACCUUGGUGAACCUGUUCAACACGAUGGAGUGCACCUUGUUAGCGCUUGUGAUGCCGGGGAACACGGCCUCCGACUGGUUGAUCAAAUGGGACAUCAAAACUCAGGCAGCCCUCUUCAAUGGAGUCAUCUGCGUGGGAAUAGGAUACUACAUUCAAGCUGCGGUGACCAAAUUGAAGGGCCCGGUCUUCGUGACAGCAUUCAGCCCCCUGAGCGCGGUUAUGGUGGCGAUCAUCGCGUCCUUUGUCUUGGCUGAGACACUGUUCUUGGGCAGGGUGAUUGGGGCCAUUAUCAUAAUUGGAGGUCUAUAUCUUGUCCUUUGGGGUAAGAGCGAUGAGUACGAAUUGGUAUUGCCUUCUUUCAUCCAAACCGAAGAGACCCACAGGGGAGACGAAAAGCUGCAACCUAAUCCCAAUGUUCACCAAAUGGAGAUUGCGUCUCGUGAUGGUGCCCUUAACAUUAACCUUGAGCCGGAUCGGUAGAACCUGCUACAAGGACGUCGAGGAGAGCGACGUGCUUUAAGAUAUCUUAGCGGAAUUAAAUUGUUGAAGACAGAUGCUUACCAUAUGGUUUAUACUGAAUAUGACAUAGCAUAUAAAUUAGUUCACGGUUAGCAAAGCGGAUUCGACUAA